CACGAUGUGGAGUGCACGUCUCCGUUGUCAAUCACGCGCGGCGCUAGGCGCCCGAAGCUUCUCGUCACCGCGCGUGAUGACAGCAUCCAAGGUGGCGUUGCAGCAACUGCCGCUUGUAGACGUUUCCCCGUUGGUGGAAGCUGCGAACAGCGGUCGCAGCCUGGCUCCUGAGACCAAGAGGCAGAUUCUGGAUGACAUGCGCUCUGCCUGCAUCGAAACGGGAUUCUUCACGGUCCCUACGGAAGGAGUGUUGUCCAACCAGCUGAUCCAGGCAGCGUACCGUCGAGCGGACGAGUUUAUCGCUCUCCCCGAUCCGAUCAAACAAAAAUACCACUGCAAACGCUCGCCCAAUGCUCGAGGCUGGACACCCAUGUUUGAGGAACCGUCGUACCAACCAGAUGUGGUUUCGCACUUGGAAGGCUUCGACUUAGCGCGUGAACUGCCGGAGACGUAUGUGAAGGAGGGGUCGAGUUUGGGGCCGAAUGUCUGGCCAGUUGAAGUACCGCGCUUCCGCGAGGACGUAUACGCUUUGUACGAGGAGACCACCAAGCUCUCGACAGUGCUGUUCAAGAGUUUUGCUGAGAUGCUUGGACUACCGGCCGACACGUUUCUGCAACACGUGGACGAAGAAGCGGAAGCAUUCAUGCGACUACUGACGUACCCUGAGACGGUUGCCGCUGUGAAGAAUUCAACGGUUGGGAUUGCUUCGCAUACGGAUUUCGAAUGCUUCACUAUUAUUCAUCAGAAUGGCGAGGGCUUGCACUUGAUAAACCGCCAGGGUGUCUGGGUUGAAGCCCCCGUGUGUGAUGACAGGUACACUAUUGCUCGUGUUGAUUUGAACGGUGAUCAAUCGCGUACAAACGUUGGUUUUCCCUCGACAGGCUCUUCGUCAUGGUUGGUGACAUGCUCGAGCACUGGACGAACGGAGUUCUAGUUGCGACUGAGCAUCGUGUGUGCAACUCGGAGAAGAAGCGUCAGUCCAUCGUACGCUUUAAUGGCGCGAAUGGCGACACCAUUGUCGAGCCACUACCAACGUUCGUGACACCGGAGAAUCCGCCUCGAUACGCGAGAAUGACGCAGCGCGAACAUAUUACUCACCAAAUCGAGCUGGCAGAGCAGCUCCUGCAAAAAACCAAGUCAGAGGCGCAUGCGUGACGUUGGCAUAGCACCUACACUUGACGAAAAUGAGCGUACCAUACUCGAGCUCAACAAUUAAAAUUGGAAAGUUCACCUCUUUGAACUCACGUUUCUUUUA